GGAUGGAUCAUAAUGAACGCGCCUGUGUAAAAAUAAGGUAGGGUUUUUAACACUACAUAUAAAUAGGUAAAUACAUAGCUUAGAAUUGUUUCGCAAAUAUCAUCAUUAUUGGACAUAUAAAGCACUUGAUAGGGUUUAGAAGGCAUUUGUUCAUACUCCAUACAGUAGGGACUAGAGAGAGAGAGAGGGAGAGAGAGAGAGAGAGAGGUGAAGUGAAGGAUGGGAGGGGGAAGCACGGGUUUUUAGAAACACUGCACCAUUGAGAACAGACACAUCCGGCUUAUUUUUUUUAAUGAACAUUUCAUUGCCUAGAUAAUAAUACGGAAAUCUGUCCUAUAAUGUGGACACAUGGAGACAUGGUCUGGUCCAGACGUUUAGAGUAGAAUAGAAAAACAAAAACGCACACACACACAAAAAAAAACAUGGCUGAGCAACGCUAGCUUCACACUCGCUUGCUAAGACACCGCUUCGAGCCUCCUGUUCAGCUAGCUAAUCUGUCUCUGGCAAAGUAACGAAAGGAAAAAAAGGAAGAAGAAUAAUAGAGUAAAAGCUACGAGACUUUUAAAACAAACUAACAACGACGACAGCAACCCUGAAGACGUAGCUGUUUUGAGUAUCUGUCAUGUUCGCCUGUUCUGAGAGCAUGGAGACGCCGGCUAGGACAGCAGCGAGCACCGCCGACUUCACCGUGGAGAACGUAGAGAAGGCUCUGCACCAGCUGUAUUAUGACCCAAACAUUGAGAAUAAGAACCUGGCUCAGAAGUGGCUGAUGCAGGCUCAGAUCUCCCCUCAGGCCUGGCAGUUCUGCUGGGCUCUGCUCAGUCCUGAUAAGGUCCCAGAGAUCCAGUACUUCGGCGCCAGCGCCUUACACACCAAGAUCUCGCGUUAUUGGGGUGACAUCCCGGGCGAGCAGUACGACACCCUCAAGACGCAGCUUUUCUCCCAGAUUGCCCUGUUUGCCUCAGGCUCUAAGAUUGUGCUGACACGGCUGUGUGUCGCCCUGGCUUCACUGGCACUCAACACAAUGCCUGAGGCGUGGCCUGGCGCCGUCUCCGAGAUGGUGCGAGUCUUCCAGGAGGAAGGGAGCACUGUGGACGGGCGCGCUCGCUGCCUGGCGCUGCUCGAGCUCCUCACCGUGCUGCCCGAGGAGUUCCAGACGAGCCGGCUGCCGCAGUACCGCCGGGGGCAGGUUCGGGGCGCUCUGGGUCGAGAGUGGGCAUCUGUUUAUCCGCUGCUUCAGCAGCUACUGCGUCAAGCUGACUCGCCAGCAUCGGUGAAGGCGCGUGCACUUAAGUGCCUGUCCAGCUGGGCGUUGCUGGACGUGCCGCUCAGCGAGAGCGAGGGUCUGUUGGAAGCUGGCUUUGCUGCACUUAAUGAUCCUGAACUGUUUGACGCUGCCGUAGAGGCCAUCGUCAAUGCCAUCUCACAGCCUGACUCGCAGAGGUACCUGAACACUUUACUGAAGCUGGUUCCGCAAGUGUUGCAGCUCCAGGACCAACUACGAGAAGCCGUACAGAAUGGAGAUAUGGAGACGUCGCAUGGGAUCUGUCGGAUCGCCGUCUCUCUGGGAGAGAACCAUUCCAGGGCUCUCCUGGAGCAGGUGGAGCACUGGCAGAGUUUCCUGGCGCUGGUCAAUAUGAUUAUGUUCUGCACUGGCAUCCCUGGCCACUACCCGGUCAACGAGACCACAAGCUCUCUCACUCUAACAUUCUGGUACACGCUGCAGGAUGACAUCAUGUCAUUCGAGGCAGAGAAGCAAGCGGUGUAUCUGCAGGUUUACAGACCCGUGUAUUUCCAGCUGGUGGACGUGCUGCUCCAUAAAGCCCAGUUUCCUAGUGAUGAAGAGUACGCCUCUUGGUCGUCUGACGAGAAGGAGCAGUUCAGGAUCUACAGGGUGGACAUAUCUGACACCCUGAUGUAUGUCUACGAGAUGCUGGGAGCAGAGUUGCUUAGCAACCUGUAUGACAAGCUAGGCAGGGUGCUUACUAAUGCAGAUCAACCAACAUCCUGGCAGCAUACAGAGGCUCUGCUGUAUGGUUUCCAGUCCAUAGCAGAAACGAUAGACGUGAACUACUCCGAUGUCAUUCCCGGCCUGAUCGGCCUCAUUCCCCGAAUCAACAUCAACAACGUACAGCUUGCGGACACUGUCAUGUUCACUAUAGGAGCGUUGGCAGAGUGGUUAGCAGAUCACCCAGUGAUGUUGAGCAGUGUGUUGCCGCUGGUGCUGCAGGCAUUAGGGAAUCCAGACCUUUCUAUCUCCAGCGUUUCCACCCUGAAGAAGAUCUGCAGGGAGUGCAGAUACGACCUGCCGCCCUACGCUACGAACAUCGUUGCUGUUUCACAGGAAGUGCUUAUUAAACAGAUCCACAAGACAAGUCAGUGUAUGUGGUUGAUGCAGGCUCUAGGUUUUCUGCUAUCCGCACUGCCAGUGGAGGACAUUCUCCACAAUCUGCACUCUCUCAUCACACCUUACAUCCAGCAGCUGGAGAAACUGUCUCAAGAGACACCAAACCCCUCUAAUAAACUGGCUAUCAUCCACAUCUUGGGCCUGCUGUCAAACCUCUUUACAACCCUGGACAUCACCAAGCAGGAAGAGGAAUCUGGAGAAAGUGCACCGCCUGUCAAAGCCAGUCCACCUCAAACUGGUCCCAACCCAGUGGUGGUGGUGUUGCAGCAGGUUUUUGCCCUCAUUCACACUGUCCUCAGUAAAUGGCUGAAUGACUCACAGGUUGUAGAGGCUGUGUGUGCUAUCUUUGAGAAGUCAGUGAAGACUCUGCUCCAUGACUUUGCUCCUAUGGUGUCUCAGCUGAGUGAGAUGCUGGGUCAGAUGUACAGCACUAUCCCACAAGCCUCUGCACUGGACCUGACCCGUCAGAUGAUGCAUAUAUUUGCCAGUGAGCCUGACCACUUUCCCCCAAUCAAAGCCCUGUUUGAGCUGGUCACCUCCGUCACCCUCACCAUCUUCCAGCAAGGGCCCAGGGAUCAUCCUGAUAUUGUUGAUUCAUUUAUGCAACUCCAAGCUCAGGCUCUGAAACGGAAGCCCGAUUUGUUUUUAUCCGAAAAUCUUGAUGUGAAAGCGGUGUUCCACUGUGGAGUUCUGUCACUCAAAUUCCCAGAGGCCCCAACCGUCAAGUCUACCUGCCUCUUCUUUACGGAGCUGUUGCCGCACUGUGCAGACAUUCCUCCUGUGGGCCAGGUUGUGCAGGAAGAUGGCAAGCUCCUGUUGCUGGCUGUGUUGGAGGCAAUCGGUGGGCAAUCUUCACGCAGUUUAAUGGACCAGUUUGCAGAAGUGUUGUUCUCCAUGAAUAAGCACUGUUUCAGUCUGCUCACUGUGUGGCUCAAAGAGGCCCUGCAGUCUCCGGGCUUUCCCUCAACCCGAGUCUCUGACGAACAGAAAGACACAUUCAGCCAGCAGGUCCUUAGGGAGCGAGUGAAUAAGCGACGGGUGAAGGACAUAGUGAAGGAGUUCACUCUGGUGUGUCGAGGGCUGCAUGGCACAGAGUAUGCAGCAGAAUACUGAGCACUGAAGUCCAAAGUGAUCCAAUUCCUAGCAGCGCCCACCCCCAUUGGAAACCCAUACCUGAAUAAUAGCGUAGUGAAAGCCUGACAGAUGGAUAUUGUUCAGAGCAUGCACU